AUGAAUACCAACAAUCAAGAAAAUACUCAAAUGAAAAUUAAUACUUUCAGAGGUAAUUAACGGGGCUCUGUAGAUUUGUCAUUUGCAAAUAAAAAUGAAAUAUUCAGAUUGUAAUCUGAAAUCAAACAGCAAACAGAGAUCUUAAGAAACUACAAACACCAAUAAGAAAUUUAGAAGAUGGAGAACGUUAAAUCUCUGGCUUAAAUCUUUGGCAAUAUUAAUUAGGAAAUCAGAUUUAGUUUAAGCAAUAAUAAAUCAAUAGCAGAUGAAGAAGAUGAAAAUAAAGAGCAUACAUUUUAGCCAAAAAGCAAUAUUUACAAGAGGAGUAAUGUUCCAGCAACUUAAUACUAUGAGGCUAAUAUUUAAGAAAUCAUUGAAAAAAAAUUCAAAGACCAAGGUUAAUUCAAAUUGAAUGAAUAUUAUGGAAACGUCAGACCUCAAUCAGCUUUAUCCACAAAUAGAUAAAUACCAUCAUCAAGGAGAAGCUUGAACUACUAAGAAUAUGCAUCAUUAAAGAAUAAGCUAGUUUUUACUAGUGAAAAAAAUGAUUAGACAGUGAUUAACAGUAAUGAAAAUAGAAAUUUAAGUAGAUAAACUUCAGUGAAUAAAAUAGACGAGAUGAAGAAAUAGUUAAAACUAAAAAUGGAUAGAGUGAAGCAAUAAUAGAUGAAUUACUUUUGUAAGCCUCAUCUAACUUCAUAGCCAAGUUCUAGUGUUCUUUCGUAGGUAACUAAUGCUAAUUGCAAAAGUCCAAGUUAAAAUCAAUAGACAUAAAAUAUUAUAAGCCUUGAAUCUCAGCAAACAGAAAGGAAAAUAUAGCAGAAUUAAAUCAAUGACAAUUUAGAUAAUGACUAAGAAAAUAAGAGCAUUAUUGGAAAUUAAACUCAACAGCCUAUCUAGAAAGAAUCAAACCUUCAAAAAAAACUUAACUUCUAAUUAAGUAAAAAUAAGCUAUUGAUGAGAGAUAAAUCUCUUUUAUUUAGAUGA